AUGACAUGUCAAGCGACUCCCAUGGCCAAAGAGGCAAAUGAGCCUUUGCAAGAAGAAGAACUAGAAGUGCUUCGGAAGCAAUUUGAAAGAGAAGAACCCAACGUCUGCAUCCAAACCAAGUUCAACUAUGCAUGGGGCUUGGUCAAAUCAGAUAGAAAAGUAGAUAUUCAGUAUGGCAUUAUCUUAUUAUCAGAAAUCUACACAGACGCACCUGAACGACGGAGGGAAUGCCUUUAUUACCUUGCAUUGGGUCAUUACAAACUAUCGGAUUACAGAGAAGCCAAGGAAUUAAAUUAUCAGCUGCUCAAGCUUGAACCCAAGAACCAUCAGGCCAUCGACCUGGAUCAACUUAUUGACCAAAAAUUAUCCAGAGACGGUAUGAUUGGUCUGGCUAUUGUGAGUGGGAUGGUGGCCGUAGGCGCAGCUGUGGUUACUGCUCUUCUCAGGCGUGGCGGUGGACGGCGAUAA